AUGGACAACGAUGAUAGCAGUGCUCCUUGCUGGGAGAACAUCCCGUUCAGCGACUUGACCAUCUGCGAGACUAUCGGUGGAGGAGGCGUUGCACUGGUGCAUCGAGGAAUCUACCGCAAAAACUCGGUCGCCUUAAAGACCCUCUUUGAUCCGCGCGUGGAUGAAGCGCUCAAGCAAGAGUUCAUGGACGAGCUGCUCGUCAUGAGCAAACUGAGGCACCCGAACGUAGUCAACUUGAUCGGAGCAUGCUUGGAGCCUCCCAAUCUGUGUAUGGUGAUGGAGCUCUGCGAUUACUCGCUCCAUCACUUGCUCCACGGAACCAAUACGUACCUGAGUCCGCAACAAAUGACUCGUAUUGCAGGAGAGAUUGCCAAUGGCAUGAGAUUCUUGCACUCUAGAAGGCCUGCGGUUAUCCAUCGCGAUCUGAAAAGCGCGAACGUCCUACUUGACCGCAAAGGUGUUGCGAAGCUCUGCGAUUUUGGUCUCGUACGCACGAAGUUUACGACUGCAGGGACGCCAAGCUACAUGCCGCCUGAGCUACUGAACGGCCAGCCAUUCUCGAAAUCUGUGGACGUCUACAUGUUUGGCAUUCUUCUAUGGGAGGUCAGUGGCAUGCACCUUGAUUGAUGCUCAAAUGCGAGAUAUGACAACCGCAAUGGUAGAUUUUCAGCCGGGACAUCCCGUUUCGAGGUUAUGACGUGUCGGAUAUUAAGAGACGAGUCCUGGCAGGCGAGCGCUUUCGAGUUCCGACUGUGGAUUGCCCCCGCGAGUGCCAGGAAUUAAUGAAGCGAUGUUGGGAUGGCGAGCCGAGCUGCCGACCAACGUUCGAUGAAGUGUACGAAGUGCUGCAGGAUGUUUCAUUCGCAAGAACCUUCGAGGCCUCUCAAAGCGUCUUCGAAGGCGAUGCACUCGACAGCCUACUCAACGCGAAAUAGCAGCGAUAGCUACUCGAUUUUGUAGCUAUUUUUUUUUCUUUAAGCUGUAUCUUUGACCCACUGGUCCAGCCCCAAGUCGUUCCAGCGAUCCACCUUCUCGUCGGCAGUCCACAUCGGAGGCUCACCUGCAGCAAAUUCAACGCAAUUAGUAUAAAAUAAACAAAACAUU